UGCAGGAUAGUGUGGUCUUUGUGAGCUUCCACCAUGGCGUAUCGGGGCCAGGGCCAGAAGGUGCAGAAGGUGAUGGUGCAGCCAAUCAAUCUCAUCUUCAGAUACUUGCAAAAUAGAUCUCGGAUUCAGGUCUGGCUUUAUGAGCAAGUGAAUAUGCGGAUAGAGGGCUGUAUCAUUGGUUUUGAUGAGUAUAUGAACCUCGUAUUAGAUGAUGCAGAAGAGAUUCAUUCUAAAACAAAGUCAAGAAAACAACUGGGUUGGAUCAUGCUAAAAGGAGGUAACAUUACUCUGCUCCAAAGUGUCUCCAACUAGAAAUGAUCAAUGAAGUGAAAAAUUGUUGAGA